AUGACGCCCACGCGCAACUCGUACCUGGCGUACAAGCGUGACACCAGUUACCUCAUCUAUUGGAUGGUGCAAACAUCCAACUCCAUCAUCAAGUCCCUAGCAGCGUCCGAUGGGCCUCUGGAUGGAGUGGAUGGCGCUCCUAUGCUGCCUCUCACCUCGGCAGAGAUCACCGUUGCAGGCCUGUUUUCCCUUUCCAAGUUCGUCGCCAAGCACAUCAACAGUGUUCCCUCGACUAUUCUCGCCCUCUUCCAAUCCGUCAUUGAGGCGAGAACAGCUGCCCAUGCUGCCUUCCAGCAGAUGACUGCCAGAACUCCCGACCCGGAUGUCGAGAAGAGCAAUGCUUCCCACAAGUGCUUCAUCGAUGCUUUGAAAGAGUCGUUUGAUGUUCUAGGUGGUCAAGAUUGGAAGCCUGAUUCCUCUUUCGACGAGGCAGACCUUCUGGCCGACACCGAACACGCCAAGGAAGAACUCGAUCGCUUGCUCGCCAACAGAUUCGGUGCCCUUGAGAUUCAUGGGUCUCCAGAAGCCGAUGAGGCCUCUGACCAGGAAGGAACUCAGGAAAUCGACAUGAACCUCCCGCGUCGAUGGAAACAAGCCAGGCCAGGCAAGGGCAAGAAGGGCAAAAAGGGCAAAGCCAAGAAGAGGUCAAAGGCCAAGGCUGCGCCCCCCAAGGAAGAAUCUCUCGAAGGUGUACCCCUGGAGAGCUACCGCAUUAUCCAAGAUGAAGAUGGUAUUGUCACGGAUUACCUCAUGGCUGUUUACGAUCUACUCAAGCAAUGCAUGACCCUCCGAAGCUACCUGCAAGGCAUCUGGCGCGAGGUGGCUUAUGAAGGGCUCAACAGUGCAUUGGCAGGUGCGCUUUCAAAUAUAGCCAUCGCUAUGAUCCAGCGCUCUGCAGCCGAGAUCUUUGUCGAUUUUCCGGGCCAUGACUCUUAUGAGACAGUCAUAAACACGAUGACCCGGGGGGAUAUAGACAAGGCGCAAACUAUGUUCCAGGUCUCCCUUAUGCACUUCGAGCCAGGCAAAGGCACGCCACCGAGUGUGGAAGACCAGGCCCUAGAUAUCAAGGAACUUUUCUUGAUUCAUGCCUACCGUGAUCUCCUUGAUUUCGUUACCGAUUUUCAGAAGACGCGAACGGGCAAGCCGACUAAACGGAUGCUGGAACAGAUCAAGAACUGGGAUCCCAAGUUUGACCUGAGGCAUGCUACGGAUGAAGAGCGUAUCAGGUGGCGUCGCUCAUACACCAUCAACUGGCUCUACGACCUGGUCAAUGCCCUCUCGUUCAUUGUGGUUCAACGCAACACUUUAGACGGCGAGAAACACGAGUACGGGAAGGUUGACUGGUCUCCAAAGGGUCCAUGGAAUCAGUGGCGGAGACUGUAUGGGCUCAACGAGUUUGCUGGUUUCGUGACAUCUCUUGCCAUGCAAAAGCCUGGCACUGAUAUCCGAAACCGUAUUCUUCCUCAUCACAUCUUCCAACUGCAAUGCAUCGUCGAUUCGCUGACGGUGACCAGAGGCUGGACACAUCAUUCCCUCAGAGGUCAUGUCGUUAUCGCACCGCCACCCAGCUAUAGAUUCCAUCCUCGGCGGGAUGUCGACAUGUUUUUGGAUCGCAAGCUUACGCGUGAAGGUCGAGGCGUUCUUCAGGCGUUCAACGUCCUCAAACAGCUCUUUGAGAGAGAUGGCGCAUUGCAUGGCGACAUGAAGCGCCAUUGGGCUAACUACGAACUUCUCGAGCAAUUCCACUUCGAUUAUCUCUGGUGGCUCGGCGAAUCCAAGUACAAGAAUGGUCUCGAGGCCAUUCCUCCUUCCCGCUUCUCUCACGUUAAUUCUAACGGGCUGUGGGACUACUCGCCCUUCCUCUGCGGUGUCGGACUCGAGGAAGCGCUGGAUCUGGCGUACGUAUCCGCAAUGCUGAUCUGGGAUGACAUUCCCGAGUCCACGAUGGUGCUACACUUGCACAACAUGGAGUGGCAACCAGCGAGAAAGGCUGCUGCCUCGGCAGGAGAUGUCCAUGGGCUCAUGAACCCCAGCGCCAACAACACGUUCCGGGAAAAGUCCCUUCUGGUCGUCUUGCGCGAAGCGGGCUGGAACAUCGACCGCAUUCGCGAUGCCGAUGUCGCUUUCCCCUCAGUGCUGGGCGCGCUCCGCCUCGCCCACACAAAGAGCACUACUGAUCCUGUCACGGGCAAGAAACGUCUCGAAGAAACAGAAGUUACUAAGAAGGCCAAGGCCCAGGGCAUGAGCGAGGCGCAAAUCUUGGAGGUGACGAGCCUGAGCGAAAAGGUCCGGGCCGAGCAGAAAAAGGUGCUUGAGAGGCCCGUCGAGCGGGUUACCGAUGCCGCUUCGCACGAUAGCUACUGCACCUGCUUCAACCUUGCCGACCCGCGCUCCAUGAAUAGGGCGCGUGUGGCUGCGGGAGCCGGGCAGGUCAUCAUUUCCGACACCGACAUGCUUGAGUUUGCGAAGAAGGACCUCAAGGCGGACAUCUCGGGCGAGCGUCCACUGUCGGCCCUAAACCUUCUCUGGGUAACCGUGUGGUUCUACAUGAUCUUUGAGAGAGUCGAGGCGGAGCUGGAGAAGAAGGGGAACCCGCUUUGGGUGCGCGCGUACAAGCAGGACCGCGGCCUGACGGCGAAACACAAGCGUGUGACCUUGACUCUGUUGACUAUGGUUGAGCGAGAUCCGGAGUGCUUGGAGGUUAUGGCUGAUGCCAUCACAAACUUGGAGGGAGCGUACUUUCAGUACAUUUACUGGGACAACCUUGAGUUUGAGGCUGACAAGUCGGGAAAAGAUCCACAGCCUUUAAGGUUAAGGUUCAAGUCAGCAGGUGCUUCUAGUCCUAUUAACCCAGAUAUAGAUCAAUGUUCUGUUAUGUAA